AUGGCGUCAGCUAAGUUUCUCGAGGAAGCUCUGAGUACAGAUGUUGAUGAAUCGGCUGUAAGUGCGAUAGUAGGCUCCUUAGAGAAUCAACUCGUCACAUCAACACCUCCAGCGUCAUCUCAGCCAGGCUCAGCAAUCGUGAUUAAUCAGAACCACGUAAAUAGUGCAAUAUCAAACGGCGGGACCGUAGCCCCACAGAAACAAGUGACUAUAGCCAACGGUGAUUCGAUAAGCGGUGUAAAUACGAGCGAUGGAAACAAACAAGUGUCGAAUAACAUCAAUGCUAACGCGAUGAUAUUAAGCGGUAACGCGGGUCCAGUAACAACUUCUUACGUGAACCAAAGUGCACCCGUGGAUACAAACACCAAGCCCCCAGAGGGCCAAGGCGUCAAAAUAGUAUAUAGCCAAGGCCAGGCCAACCAAGUUAUGUCCUCGUCGGGCCCGACAAUACUCCAAAAUAGAGUUACUCUUCCUAAUGGCACCAUUAGCCUUCCCCAGCAGAACACCAAUGUUCAGACCAUUCAAAACAAACAACCCACGUUGGUGCUCAAGACCAGCGGGGCCCCGGGGGCACCCGGACUCGUCACUGUACCUAUGAAUGUGGCUUCGUCAAUGGGCCAGGCUAAUAACGUAGGUAGCCCUAGCACUCAAUCCCCAAAUAUCCUUUCCAAUCUCCAGGUGGUUAAUGUCCGACCUGGAGUUCCUCAGCAGCAGAAAGGGCAACCAGCUCGUGUAGUGCUAAGUGCACCUCAGUUAGUCGGGGCCCGUCCUGGGACUCCACAAUUAACCUUACAAAGCUUUCAUGGUUUGCAACCCGGUCAGCAAGGGGCGCUGCUGCUCAAGACUGAAAAUGGACAGUACCAGCUGCUCAGGGUCGGACCUGCUCCAGUCAAUACGUCGCAGCCCCAAGGGCAACAGGUUACCUUUAGGAUGCAAACUGUACAGACGACCACAAGCACAGCACCAAAUCCAGCACAAGCUGGUGCUACUACAACCGUUUCAUCUGCUUCACAAAAUGUUCAACAAGGACAGGUUGGACAAGUGCAAGUACAGGUCCAGAGACCUGUCAACGAUAAUACCAAAGAAAAAUGUCGGAAAUUCCUAGCAAACUUGCUGGAAUUGUCGAGUAGAGAACCCAAAUCGGUAGAGCGGAGUGUUCGGCAACUCAUACAGGAACUUAUCGAUAACAAAGUAGAACCAGAAGAUUUUUGCGAUAAACUAGAGCGACUUUUGAACGCUUCUCCACAACCGUGCCUCAUUGGGUUUUUGAAGAAAAGUCUCCCACUUCUCCGGCAUUCCUUAGCCACGCAGGAGCUCAGCAUAGAUGGUAUCCGUCCCCCGCCAGCCAACGUAGUCUACUCGAUAGCGGGGGCCACCCCGACCGUUCAGUCUGUCAGGCCGGCCAUACAGCCCAAUCAGGUGCGAAUAGUCGCGCCAGGUACGACCGUCGUGCGACCGGGGCAAGUGAUACAGCAGCGUCUUGUGGCGCCCAUUAGGGCUCCCGUCCAACAAACAAGAAUGGUUACUUCCAUCAGACAACCUACGAUAGCCAACAAUGUAAUUGUGUCGAGUUCUCAGCCGCCAGCGCUGCAUCCCGUCUAUCCCAACGGGCAGCAGCAGGUUAGGACUGGGAUCAUUCGGCAACCUGUACAAGUCAGGACGCUGGCUCCCGGAGGUCAAUUAAGACCGCAAAUGCCAAUCAGAUCCGCAACGCCCCUCCAAAAGCAGACCGGUGCCAUCAAACAGCUGGGGUCGAAACCGUCAGUGCCUUCCACAAUCAAACCGUUAGCCAAAGAAAAAGAAAAGAAGACGUUCUCCUCAGCGUAUACGGGAGACGACGAUAUCAAUGACGUUGCCGCCAUGGGAGGCGUCAAUCUUAUGGAGGAAACGCAAAAAAUUCUCGGUUCUACGGAAUUCGUGGGUACCCAGAUACGGUCCUGUAAAGAAGAGGUUUUAUGUUCGAUGCCGCCAUUACAACACAGGAUACGUCAGGUGAUGGCGAAACACGGUUUGGAAGAGCCCGGUAACGACGUAGCGGCGUGCAUAUCGCAUGCGGCGCAAGAAAGGCUUAGGGAUCUCAUUGAAAAAUUGUCAGUAAUAACCGAACACAGGUUGGACAAUAUCAAAUUUAAUAUGAAAUACGAAGUUACUAGCGAUAUUAAAGGUCAAUUAAAGUUUCUGGAAGACCUCGAUAAGGCCGAACGGAAACGACACGAAGAGAUGGAGCGCGAGGUGUUGCUGAGGGCGGCGAAGAGUCGAUCGAGAACGGAGGAUCCGGAACAGGCGAAGCUGAAGGCGAAAGCGAAAGAGAUGCAGCGGGUGGAGAUGGAGGAAUUGAGGCAGAGGGAAGCGAACGCGACGGCGUUGCAGGCCAUCGGACCCAGGAAAAAGCCCAGAUUGGACGGCGAGGUGUCGAAUACAUCACAGCCAAAUUCUACCGGAUCGGGCGGAGGCCCACGCGGCCAACUACCCAUGCGGCAGCGCAUGAAGAAAGUGACAUUGCGCGACCUCCAGUUCCUGCUCGAGACCGAACGGGACCUCUGCAAGAGUAAGAUCUUGUACAAGUCGUACCUCAAGUGAUGCACGCUCCAUCUCGUCAGUGUUGUGAUAUAUCUAGGGACCUUGUGGGCCAUCUCUUCUUCGAAUUCGAAGGGAAAACCGUGUCGAUGAGCUCUGUCGGUGCGGUGAUGUUUCUUUUUUUUUUUUAUAAAUCAAAUUCAAGGAAAAGCGGUUGAUUUUCGUUUGAGGAAAUUUCCAAUUGCGGCUUUUUCAGUUGCUGUUCUCUUCGUGUACAAAUUUGGGCAAAUUUACAUUACUUUUCGAUAAUUUUGACAUUUCAGACAGUUAUAUGUCAAAUUAAGAUAAUUAUUUGGGAGUGACAAAAUUUCAUCUUUUUGUUUAUAAAUCAUUGAAACUGAUUUAUUUUCAUUUUCAUAUAAUUUAAUGUUUUACACAAAUAACCUUGUGUGUUUUUGGCAUAUCUUUAAAUACAUUCCUAAAAUAUACGUUAAAAAUGUACAUUUUAACAUUUACUACUAUUUAGCACAACUUAAGAAUUUCUUGUAAUUUGAAGGUAAUCCUAAUUACAUAAGAAUUUUGAAGAAACGCCUAAAAUACACCUAAGUUUGAUUAAAUCCUAAAUAAUUUCAAAAAUUCCAAUUACCAAUUGCCUUUGACAUGAAUAUUGACAGCUAUAAUGUCAUAAAUUACAUCUAAUUUUGCUUUUAUGUACAUAAAUACAAAUCAAAGUUCCAAAGAUCAUCCAACUUCUUCCUUCCAUCGUCGAACUUAGACCUCUUCUAUAGGGAUUAUAAUAGUAAAGUGGUUUCUAAUUAAAUUGUAUUCAAUGCCAGGAUAAAAAAAUAAUCGAAACCCUUUCUUCAUAUUCCAAAUAUCUUCCAAUCUCUUAUAGGCUUGGCCUCUUUUAUAGAGAUUAUAAUAGUAAAGCGCUUCCUAAUUCAUAUUGUUUUCAAGAAGUAGCCAUUUUGAAACACCAACAGUGUCUAACGCAUAAACAUCCUUUGUAACAUCGAGUAGAGUAACAAUUUGUCAAAUGUUUGAAACGAUUUGACACUGAUGUACCAACUGACAUUUGUAAAGUGUAAAUGUUACCUAUCAGGAAUUGUAUCAACAGUUAUCAAAAUUUAUAUAAGGCUGAGGUCAAAAAAUGUCCAAAAACGCACAUUUUUCCGCUUUUCCGCACAAUCAAGAUAAUAAAAGAGCUCUUCGUACGGGUUUCCCCGACCAUUAUAUUUGUUUUUAAUUAAAAAAGAAAAAAAAAAAUGAAAAAUACUUCAAGACGAUAUCAACACUUGAUUGAAAUAUUUUUAUAGCUGUGUUAUUGAAAUAUAUAUGAAUAUAUUCGUUGUAGAGCUGGUUUCUAUCGAAUUUUUGGCUUAUGUCGAUUUUUGAACGGCCGUCGACCUUUUGCAAGUUUUACAGAAUCGCGAGUCAGUCGAUACACAAUAAUUAGAUGAAAAAAAUGAGUCGAUGGAAUACCCGAGUUGCAUAAGCGGUAGGUUUUUGUCCGGAAACUGUUUUUGGAGUGGCGAAGCGAAUUUUAGUGACUCAUCGCGUCAACUUUGUGUCAGUUCCAGUUAAAACUGAUUAAAAAUGGGAAUGACAAUGCCCAGGUCAAUAAUUUACAAUAUCUUUUCCAAAAUUCUCAAAAAAGAUGUGGAUAAUUUAUAGAAAUGUACCAAAUUUUAUAAAUUUUCAAUUUUUCCUCUUACCUUUGGUGGUCUUCUCUGCUACAAUUAUGUUCCAGCUCCCCUCACUAUAUCGCGCUGCUCUCGUCCUCCAAUAUUUGUGAUAAAAUCAUUUUAUCUUUGUCUUUGUGUGUUUUAUUAAAUUCUCCAAAUAUCUCAAAUAAAAGUUAACAUUAAAUAUUAAAAAAAAAACAAUCCAUCUGACAAAACCAAUUGAUUCAUUUACAAUUUCCAAAAACACCCGACAUUCUGAUUUUGGUUUUUGCAGCAUCCUUCAAUUUUAACAAUACAUAUUUUGUGACGUUAAACUUUCCAUAUCAAUAAAUAAUAUUAAUUCUUGGCAAUAGAGGUUGUCAAGUUAUUGGUGGGGUGAUCUUGAUAUUUGCCUUCCAGUAAGAUUGACGUUUGUAUGAUGCUAUAAAAUGUGAUGAAGGUAAAUAAUUCCUCCCUUCGGUUCUAUACGGCCGUCUCUGUCUAUAAUUGAAUUCAGAAAUAAUGGACAGUAAUGGAAUAUCAGAAAUGUAGAGCUGAUUAAAAUUAAGUAUCAAUAAUUCAGGGGUACGAUUGUUAAAAAAAAAAAAAAAUUGCAAACCAAUAAGAAUUUUAUUUUAUGUCUUGGUUACAUUUGAGUUGAAAUUAUUCUCCUUUUUUAUAUAUGUAUUUGUUUAUAUGGUUCUAUUAACAACAAAACACUUUAAUUUGAAAAAAGUUGCUAUAUGACACAUGCCACUUUGACAUGUCACAUUACAAAAAUUUCAGUUUGUUUAGUUACUUAGUUUUUCCAUUGUUUACAAAAUCACACAAGAUAUUUAGUUUGUUGUACUGUCAAAAGUAGCCUAAUUGACAGAUCGCUCUGUAUUGUCUCAUAUUUAUACUAUUAAAAGAUGAUUCUACAGAAUAGUAAAAAGAUUCCUCCGAAUUCGCGACUGUAAAUAUCGUAUCGUACACUUUUAGUCAUCAUUCAUUUCCUGAAAUGAUUUACACCAGAAGAUAGCACUUAACGAGGCGUUUUAGCCACUAAUUUUGGCGAAUUUUAAAAAAUAAUUAACAAAACAAUAAGAGCUUAAAUUUAUGGAUUAUAUUAAGAAUAGUGCUGUUAAGGAAUGCAUUUAUUUUUAUCAUCAUAUUUCAAAAUUUAAAGCCCUUUGAUUUUUUUUUCUCUGGAACUGGAAGGCAUUAAAACUUUAAAAUAUAUGCAUAUUCUAGAUAUUAGUGCCUAAUUUAUUUUGCCAAAAUUUUAAUUUUAUAAAAAAAUACUUCUUGAGAUAUCUCUGUUUGAAAAUUAUAAGGGGGUGCUGUAAUCACCUUAAGCAUCAUUAUCAAGUUUUGCCACUACAAAAAUGUAUCGGACAAAAAUAGAUCCCGCGUACAGCCAGAGGUACUACAAUCAGACAAAUGAAAUAAAAAAUUGUUUUGUAUCAAAACAGAAGGAGUUCAAGUGAUCGUUUGCAAGCCUUCACAAUAAUAGCUUCGUAUUUUCUUACUUAUUGGUACUGAAUUAAAAACAAAACGAAAUAAAAAUUGAAAAAAAAAAUGUUGAGGUUAGGAUCGGUUCUGUUAUGUAAUCAAAUGGGUGCUGGUCGCUGUACGGGGCGUUGUUUUCGUCGUUGCCCAAAUAAGUUUGUUUUUUUUUGUUUCGUUCCAUUUAGGAACUAGUGUUGAAUUAAAAUUAUUAUGUUUGACAGCUAUUUUAUUGUUUCUAUUUAUUUCAUUUUUUGACAAUUGAUAUAUCCCAGAUUUUUUAUAUCUCAGUUAUGCCACUGUUUUGGUUGUACUGUUUAAACUAUUUUCUACUUUAAUUAUUUUAUUGGCAGGUUCUAAAUUCUUUUCACUGUCAAAAAACUGUCAAUUCUAUCUUAGACCAUUUAUCCAGUUUAAUAUUUUGAUAUACAUUAAAUUUGUAAAAUAAAAUAGUUUGAACACAUUCAACAAAACAUUUUGUUUACUGGUUCGAAAGGUGAGCGCUUAACUACCUGAGCCAUGAAAGUUUAUAUCAGGUUAAUUAACUAAACAAAUUAUAUAUAAAUAAAAUUGGGACAUUCAAUAUGUUUGGUUUUUGUGCUUUGGCGAUAGUGUUGCCAUUUAUUUUUUUAUUAAAACUAAAUAAUCCAAAUCAAUUUUGAAAAUAGUAGAAACGCAAUUUUUAUUAUUAGCUGUCAAAAUAAAUUAGAUGUAGUUGUUAGAAUUAGAUAUAUAUCUAGUCAAUGUUCUAUAUUUACUAAUAUCAAAAACGAAAUUCAAAUUUUUGAUCGUAUUUUUCAUUUUAAACAUAAUAUUUGAAAACAAAUUAUUAGAUAUUGGAGUGUUUCUGAAACAUGGGAUUUUACUUCUACGUAAUAUUCUUAAUAAUAGAGGGUGUUAAAGUUAUAGUAAUUUUAAUGUACUUUAUUAUGUUUAACUUACUUUUUUUUAACAAAAUUUGUAUUAUUGCACCAGUACCGUGCAACACUUAUUUCUCUAGUGCUCUGAAUGAAGCUGUAUCAUGUAAAAAAUGUCAUUUCAUAAAAAUACUCUAAAAUGCUAAAACAUAUUAAUUUAAUACAUGUAUAUGUGAGAAGAUAGGACAGCCAUAAUUGCUUAUUGUAGAGAAUAUUAAAUAGAAGUUAGAUGACAUAUUUCGGAAACACCCUGUAUUUCACCCAUUCCCUAUAAUUUUAAUAAAGUCAAAAUUCAAUAGGAACCUUUAAUAGAUGUGUGAAUGGAAUUAGAAAUUUGUUAAUUAAAUUUUAAUUAUUGAAGUUUUAAAGGUUUAACUUUAUAUCACAAAAGCUGGAUUCUAAAUUAAAUUAAGGUUGUGCAAAAUCGAAUGAGUUUUUACCACCGAUAUUCUCGAUGGAUCAAUUUAUGAUUUGCUCUGUUUUUUACGCAGAUGUCGAAACAGCAAAAAUCUUUACUGUCUGCAAUUAAAGGCAACCCUAGUUAUUGUUAAAUAGGAGACUGUCGAGUUUAAUUUUAUACCAAUUGUGUACUAAUCAAGGGCGACUCAAACCCGAAUUUUCUGAGGGGUCCAUUUCCAUUAGCCCUUCAUUAGGUAGUUGAAGUAGUUCUACAUUCAAAUUGAACGUUUACAAUCGUAAAUUACCUUAUAUAAAAAAUUAGUUCGUACAUUUUAAAUUCCACAAAAUCGAAGGUGAUUUCCAAUUUUUUUACAAUUUUUUCUAAUGUAUUUCAAGUUAUCGAGUUAUUUAAUUUUUUGUAGUAUCCCCAGGAAAAAGUCAAGACACAAAACUUUAUUAGCAAAAACAUUUAUACAGUGCUGAACUAACGUCUGUACAAUAAAAAAGAUGUAUAGCUACGCCCGUUCUAGCUCAUACCUUAUUACCAUGAGAAAUUGUUAAAGGUUUCAAUUAGCAAUUUUCUCACUCACAAAAUCUAGUAUUUGUUUUCGUAGGUUGCUAACACUGCUUUUCGCACUAGAUUUUUAUGUUGGCGACACUGUUUGUUACUAGAUUUAGUAGGGGAAAGGUGUACAAAAUGACAGGGUUUUUUACAACUUGAAAAAUGUAUUAAAAAAUAAAAAUUUUAAUUUCAUCAUUAAUUAAACAUAAGCUUAACUCAUACCUUAACAUUACUUUGCCGUUUUUUAACAAAAUAAUAAAAGACAUAAAAUUAUAAACACAGAACAGCGAAAAAUUCAUUUUACCCACCCAUGCGGGUAAAAUGACACACUUUUUUUAAGGUUUUUAAUCACUAGUACAAAUUUCACAAAUAAAAGCUUUAGUGCACAAUCAGCAUGUGUCCACAGCAAGCAAGAGCGACACUGAAGCCAUAUUUUUCCAGGUCUGGACCUUUUGUAUUGCUCUGUGCAGUAAAUACAUGAGCCAUCAUCAUCUUCGUCUGAGCCAGUCUCUAUUAUAGGUAACUUCUUAGUUACCGUUCUCCUUUUUUUUCUGAGACCGUAUUUUUUGGUCUGCUCUUCUCUUUUGCUUCCUCUAACUUGGGAGUAGAAAUUAAAAUGUUUGAUCCUUGUCGUUUUCUGGGUUUUCUUUUUCCUUGUCCUGAAAUAAAUGACCCAACUGGCAUUGAACUUAAUUCUGCCAAACUAACACUUAAGGAGCUUUCAUUUGCAUUAUUUUCUGAAGGGCAAAUAUUUCCUUUGCUUGUUCCAGGCUGUGGUUCAUCAAUAAUAGAAUUAUUUUCUGAAGGUUUUGGUAUGGGAAUAUCUUCUGUGCUUGUUUCAGGAUGUGGUUCAGCAGUGACUGAAACGUGGGUCUUAAUCUGCCAAGCUACUUUUUUCCAGUCUUCGUGAAUUUAUUUUUCUUUAAUGCAUGCCUCCUCAAGGUUGCUUGAGGAACACUGUAAACUUUCGACGCCCUAAGCCAUCCCAUGUCGCCAUUGGUAACUGCUUCUACUGCCUUCAGCAUUGACGUGAUACUCCAUAAUUGCCUUUUAGUCUAGUAUAGGACCGAGUCAUUAUAACAUCUGCAACCAAAAGUAAAGGUAUGCAUUAAUCUUCUGAUGUUGGUCGGGUAAAAUAACAUACUCUGUCAUUUUCCCCUCCUAGAACGUAGGCCAUCUUCCCGAUGUCGUAAUUCCUACUUGUCUGUUAACGAUGGUAUGUCAUUUUACUUAACUAUGUCAUUUUAUACACCUUUCCCCUAACUUUUCAAAAUUUAAUAACUUUUUUAUGGUUAUGUAGUCACCGGGUCAUUUGUCAAAUGUCAUGUCGCUAGACGAUAUCACCUGUCAUUUAUUAUUUGUCAUAUACUAAUUUAAACCCCUUGCGAAGAAAAUUUUAAAUGGUAAUGGGUCGACUGAUAGCUUAUUUAAAAGGGUUUCUAAUUCUCUAAUAAUUUUAAAUUUGCUUAAUUUUUUUUUACUAAUUUAAAUUUCCAAUUUGGAGUAAACUAAAGUAAAUAACUAAAAAUAUCAAGAAGUCAAUAGAUAACAUUUUAGGAAUGGAACUUCAUAUCGAAAUAGUUUAUUAUCUCCAAUUUCCACCCUCUAAUUUAAUAGCACUCUGCGAGUUUUUUUAUCUUUAAUGGCCAUUUGAACGAUUAAUGCGAUAAAAACCCUCCUUUUUAGGGCAAAAUAGCCUAAAAACGUUCUAUAUUUGAUGGUAGGUAUCUCUGUAUCUCUAUUACUUUUGUAGGAAAUCAUCAUUUGUUUCGAUGAGAACAAUUUGCUACUAGCUGUCACAUUUAACUUAAUUCGGGCAUUUUUUGACAUGUAUUUUGUACAUUCUUGAAACUUAAUUUUUUUUCUUGUCAAUUGGCAGCUCAUGUAUUUUGUCUUUUUAUUUUAAAAUCAUACCAUAUCAUUUUUUGUACAUACGAAUGCACGAUUUUUUCGAAUAAAAUUAGAAAAUCACGGAGUGUCAGGUCCGAUGACCGAGCUGUCCAUUCUACUAUUCUUCUUUCAAUCUAGUUGUUUGAGAUCAUGUUAUUAAAUUGAAUUCUAACUUCUACAGCUAUUAAUAUCGGGUUUAUUUAUCAUUCGAUUGUGUUCAACGCUAAGAGGUUUCUGUGAUAAAGAAUUUUGUUUUCCUAAUUUUAAAUGUUUAUUCUUAAACAUAAAGUAUUGACCAAAAAACAAGUAAUUAUAAAAAUAAAAAUGAUUUGUUGAUUUGUCGUGGCAACGACGAAAACUAAUUUCCGUCGGUCGAACCUGUUGUUGAAGAUGACGCAUCUUCCUUUUGUAAAAUAAAAAUAAAAAAAUAUGAUAAAAAAUAUCAAUAGUUUUUUCUACAAUGAUAUGUACAUAAUGUAGAUUUUUCUAAAUAACAAUUGAUGAUUUUUCUUUAUAAGAAAAUCUUUUAAAAGAAAAGGUAAUGUUAAAAAAACCUUGUAAUUAGUUGUAUAAUUGUUUUUUUUUAAACCUAAACCUAUAAAUAUAGAUAUAUAAUUUUUGUUAUAGAAUAAUAUUUAAUAUAAUAAAACAUGAAAUGAAUCUAGUUUUUGUUUAACUGUAUAUAUAUCGAGUCGUAUCCAACACUAAAGAUUUUUUUAUAUUUAUUUUGUAAUACUGAUCGUUCAUGUCUAUUUUAUUAUCAUUAAAUUGUUUUUAAAAAA